CUUUGUAUUGCUUGAUUUCCAACUCCACAGAGGCACCAUGGCUGGUUCAGCUUUAAAGAGAUUGUUAGCUGAAUACAAACAAUUGACACUGAAUCCCCCAGAAGGAAUUAUAGCUGGACCGGUCGACGAAGAAAACUUCUUUGAAUGGGAAGCACUAAUUAUGGGACCUGAGGAUACUUGUUUUGAGGGAGGAGUGUUUCCUGCCAGACUUACUUUCCCUUCAGACUACCCUCUAAGUCCUCCUAAAAUGAAAUUUACUUGUGAUAUUUUCCACCCUAAUAUAUAUUCUGAUGGUCGUGUUUGUAUAUCAAUUCUUCAUGCACCGGGUGAUGAUCCAAUGGGUUACGAGACAAGUGCAGAGAGAUGGAGUCCAGUGCAGAGUGUGGAGAAAAUACUUUUGUCUGUUGUCAGUAUGUUAGCAGAGCCAAAUGAUGAAAGUGCAGCAAAUGUAGAUGCAGCCAAAACAUGGAGAGAUGACAGGAAAAAAUUUCUUGAAAUUGCAGAAAGAACUGUUCGGAAAUCACUUGGAAUCUGAUAAUUUACAAAUAUGACACAAAGUACAAACAACUUAAUUAAUAUUGCCCAAAGGUGCUCAAAACCUUGAAAAAUACAGCAUCUCCUUCGCAUUCGUAAAAUGAUCAUGGAUUCAGUGGUGUUGGGACAAUGUUAACAAUAUUUCUCUCUCACUUCACAACCCUUGUUUAAAACAUCCUCUCAUAUGACAUUACUCUGUGAUUUUCAGUUUGGGAAAUAUAUUUUAUUAAAUCUUUCGUUGCGAAACUGUAUAAGAACUAAGAAUUUGAAAUAGUGAAACGUUCAUAUGUCCCUGAAAUGAUAAAUGAUACAGAUUCACAUAAAUUUUAGUACUAGCUGAUUUCUUGUAAACUAUUUAUCAACAAUAUCAAAUGCCUGUGAAAUAACAAUUUUCUGAAAUUCAUGUACCAUGGAUUGAUCUCCUCAAAAUAACAAAUUUAUAGGAUUUAGAAUAAGUGUUUAAUUUCUUGUCAUAAACUGUCAAAGUAUAAGAAACCACGAAAUACAGAGUAUCAACGUUGAUGAGAAAUAGUCUUGUGUUCUGUAUUUCAAGGGUAGAGAAUAUUUCACAUCAUCCAACUUUUUAUCAAAUUUCUUAAAUUUUGUAUAAUGCAUAUCAAUAAUUGAUGGAACAAAUGCUUGUUUUGUCUGUUGAAUUUUGUCAUUGUUGAAUUUAACCUGUAAUGUUUACUUAAAGGUUAUUAAAUUGUUACCACUUAAUAUCAUCUAUUGGGGCUGUGAUAGCUCAGUCAGGGGAGGCUUGGCCUGUACACCUUCAGCCAUGUGGUUCCUCAACAAUCUGUUUUGUUUCUCAGGAAGCAAAGAAACAAACAAAAAUGGUUAUGGCCUUUGGCAAGACUCUUUACCCAUAUUACUCUGAAUGUCAUGCCAUUGGCUUCCCGUAUAUUGUUGUUGAGGUAGCCACAAGCUCCUGCCUUCAGAUAACCCCGGUUGUUCAUGGGGCGAUCAACCCAACAAGCAAAUGUCUCCCUAGAAUUCUCUGUGUAAACUAUAUGUAGCAUGUAGAUUAUACUUGUCAAUUUAUAUGGCCAUAUAUGUAUUGGAAAAGCUGCACGAUUGCUUGAGUAUGUAUGUUACCACAGUACACUAGAAUCAACUUGGAAUAUCUAAUAUAUCAUAUUCAUCUUGUUUAUGGUUGAAUGUUAUGUUUCUCCUUUAAAAUUCAAGAUUGAAUUUCACUUUUUGUACGAUUUUUUCACAAGUAAAAUUCGUCCAUGAGAUUACCCAAGGAAUAAUGAGAAGAUCUAAAUCCAUCAGAAUAGGAGUAACAAUUUGAAUCUACACUAGUAAUUCAAAUAUAAUUUAUGAAAAAUUACUUAUAUAAUAUAUAUUGUUUUUGUUCCUUCUGUAUAGAUAAUUAAAUGAUAAUUGUACUAUAUUAUACUGUCAGACAUACAUGGAGGAUCAACAAUGUGAUUAUUAAAAUAUUUAUUAUAGUUAA